CUGGCAAAUCAACCCUGCCUUCCUUCCUUCCUUCCACUACCACCCAGCAGGCCCAGCAAAGCGAAAGCGAAGCGAAGCAAAGCAAAGCUCGGGUCACGUGAGGAUCGGAGAUCGCUAGCUAGCUAUCUUGCUGAUUCGUUCGUGAGCGAUCCCGCCCGUUGCUGGCGUUUCCCAGUCGGGCACCACCAUAUAUAUGGAUCUCGCCGCCGAGCCCGACAAGCGGAUCCGGCCGUCCGGCGGCGGCGGCGGCACGGAGCCCCCCGGCGGGUUCGGGAAGCGCCUCAUGAGCGUGCUCCGCGCCGUCUACCACAUGCUGCGCCGGGGCCUCUGCCGCAAGCGCCUCAUGAUGGACCUCCACCUGCUGCUCGGACGGGGCAAGCUCGCCGGCAAGGCGCUGCGCAACCUCGUCGCCGCCGCGAACCACCCGCACGGCGCCCACCACCACCACCACCUCGUGGCCGCUCGCGCCGGCGCGGGAGCCGCAAACGGCGCCGCGGGGGCAGCGGCGGCGUCGGCCUCGGCCUCGGCCUCCGCCGCCGCGGACCUGCCGUUCGCGCCCAACCCCAGGGACGUGGAGUUCAGCUGCGAGACCACGCCGUCGUACUCGUACGCGGGGCCGGUGCGCGCCCUGUUCCCGUUCAGGAUCCGCGGGCGCGGCGGCGGCGCCGCCCGGGGCUGCGACGGGCUCGACUUCGCCCAGGUGGCGCGCGCGCUCGAGAUGAUGAGCGCCGCGGAUGACGCCGCCGCCGGGCCAGGGGAGACGCCGCCGCCGCCGGCGUCCGCGGCCGGGGCCACGCCGUCGCCCAUGCUGGCGCUCAGCCUCGGGCGCAGCCCCGCCGGGGCCCGCCAGCUCCGCGUCACCGACUCGCCGUUCCCCCUCGAGCCGGAGGGCGUCGACGAGCGCGCCAACUCCAACUUCGACGCCUUCAUCAACAAGUUCUACGAGAACCUCCGCCUGCAGGCGGCCAACGCCACCCCCAACAACUGCGUGCGCCGCCGUGGCUAGCCCCACGCCGCGACGAUCCAAGCCGGGCGACCACGACGGCGCGCGCUGCCUCGAUCGCUCCCAAGCAAUGCAAGCGGCCACACCACACCACACAUAUUAGUGUCAACGUCAACGACGACUGUUUCACUGUCAUGUGGGUUCCGAGUUUUACUACCUGCAUGUGUAAUUUUUCUUUCUCUUUUUUUUUCUUUUUGUUACUUUCCUCGUCCGUGAUAAUCGAUCUCGAUAUAUAAGGUCGGUCGGUGAGGAGACGAGCGAGAUAAACAAGGGCUAUAGCUAGCUUGUUGUUGCAGCUAAUAAGCCCUGACAUCCUGUGUAUCUGUCACGCACACUAUCUAUCUGCAUAUGCAUAUGCAUAUGAAUAUGAUCGAGAUGAAAUAAUGGUAAAUUUUGCACAUGUCAGCGAACA